GAGAGUUUUUUAUAAAUACAUCAGUCGAAUCCAUUUUUCGCACAGCCAUGUUCUGCCGUUUUGCUUUGUUCUUGCUUUGUCUUACCUUCGUGUCUUCUACGCUAGAAAAAAAAUUCCACGUGAAAUGCUUGUCGGAAACAAAAGUCUCCCUGAGGGAAGUCAGAGAGGCCAACUACACGGAUGUGAGGAGUUUAUCUGACGCCCUGCUUUACUACAUAAAAUGUGUGGAAAUCAAGGAAAACUACAUAAACGAAAACGGAAGGGUCUUGGAGAAGAGGUAUAGAGAAAAGCUAAACUCAGAGACAGAUAGGAUAAUUACAUGCUUGAAAGAACUGCCUGCAGUUUACGACAGUAAGGAGAUCAAGAUGUUCAUUCAGUGUUUCAACUGAAAAUGUCUGCUGUUAAUUUGAAAUAAAAAUUAUAAGAAUC